AAAAGCAAUAAUUUUCCUUCCUUUAAUAUAGUAUUGAAUUGAUCAGAACAAGCGAUCAGUUGCGUAGCGAUAUGGUUUUGGGGUGAUAAUGGAGAACGAGGCAAAAGCCAUUUGGUCUAUGGAGACCUACACCAUUCACGAUGUGGUGUACAAAAUGGGUCUUCCUCGCACGGUCCGCGUCAUGGAGGGCAUAUACAGCCAAAACGAGCAGGAGAGUCUGUCCACUGGUGACGUCAUACGGCUGGACGCGAUAAGUGAAAUCAAGCGAGUGAUAACACGAGCAAGCUUGACUGACGGGGAGGUGGCAGAUCUACAAAUUCCGCUCAGUUAUGAGGGACAAGUGUACAUCUAUACUGGGACAGAGACCGUGUACAAGUCAGUGCAAGAACUCAUUCAGCUUUUCCCGGGAAACGUGCACGUGGACUCACCCAUUAAGGCUGCGGCAUUGGAUGAAAAGGAAGGGGACGUAGAACUUCCCCGAGGCGCGUGUCUCAGUCUGGACGGGGUGGUUAGUGGUCAGGGCCUGUACUGUACUCAUGGGAAACGUAAAAUCUGCUUGCGCCCAUUUCAAAGAGGACGUUUCUCUCGUAUUCCAAAAAAUGAAAUCAUGUACUUAAAGGAUGUGAUAAGAAUUUUUUCUUUACCUGUGAAUGUGAGAUUUAUGGGACAGAUUCCUGAGGUAGAGGAGUCUCUUGAUACAGGUAAAGUGUGUUAUUUUUCUUUAGAGCGUGUGGAGUCUGUGAUAGCUAUUGUUGGAUAUGAGCUGAAUCCUGAUGGGUCUAGAGUGCCUGACAGUCAGCUCUCUGUAGCACUAACACAAGCCACUGACGUCGAAGUCCAGGUCAGUAGAGAGGAGGAAGCCAAACCGCUGUCACAGAGUCCAAAAAUUAGUCCAAUUAUCAAGAAUAAGCGACCUCCACCUGUGCCCAAGAGAUCUAGUAGUAUACCGAAUUCUUUCGGAAAGACCCUCCCUCUACCUCAGGCAAAAUACCCCAACCACACAGCAUUGGUUGUUAAUUCUACAGUUCUACCCGUGACUUCCCAGCAGGUCAGUGGCGGGAACAAGACUGUUAGUUCUUUCGGAUCCAAAGCUCCUAUUCCUCCUCCAAGGAAAAUGUCCAGUCCCAGCGCUUUCCCAACGGCGAGACCAAGUCCUAUCGACGUGACCCUAGACAGCAUUUGUGCGGUUCCGCCUCUUCCAUCGCGCAACAGACCGCCCAGUGACGGAGGAGUACCAAAUCAAACAGCCAAACAAGAGCCUGGUCUGACGUUAAACAAACUGCCACCAGACGUCGGGAGGCAACUGUUCCAUAACAUUCCUAACACUUACAACAGGAACUCCAAAUCGAACACGCCAACGGGACCGCUGUCCAAUCGUAACUCUACAGCGAACUCCGAUGAUUCCGACAGUUCUGAAGAUUCGACGGAGGCAGAUUACGUAUCCAUGUCAGACGCCAGAGAAAUGACCAGAAGGAAACCGGUCCCAGCGAGUACAAAUCAAAACAAACCAAUCAACCCUCGAUCUUCCCCUGCCCCGCCCCCACGAGAUCGUCGAAGUGGUUCUUCACAGACAUUAACACUUCCAGAAAAGCUUGGAUCUUUUCCGCAGCAGCAAAAUCCCAGAUUUAGGCAACACCCGGUCUCAGCGGAAACCAGUCUGGUUGCACCCCUCAGGCCACCCCCGCCUGCAGCACCUUCCCCGAGAUCUGCUGAGAGAAAAGCAGUGACACCCUCCGUGAAUAACGAUAUGGGCCUGGUUAGCAGACAUCCUGGUGCAAUGUCACAACCAGAUGCUUCACACGACUUGGCAGAAUACUAUUUUAACAUCCCCAAGACAGUUCGACAAAGUAUGGUUUUGCUUCACAAGGAAUUUUUCACUCGACAGACAGAAGGCCACACGAAACCAACUGGUGCUGUAUUUCCCAUCUCCCGCGUGCCUUCCGCCACAGAGUCUAGCUUCUCCAGUUUGUCAGUGUCCGACACAGUCAGCUGUUUCCGAGAGUGUCGCCUGGACGAACUGGCAAACCUCUGUGAGAAGGAGGUUCUGGAUGGGUGCUUCAUUGACAAGUUAACCAAUGAAGACCUCAGUCGAGAUCCAUUCAACCUGUCCGUUCUCCACCGAAUGAAGGUGGAACAAAUCAAACAAGGAUGGAGGCCUAUUCAUAAAUGAGGAUGGUGGUCUUUGCAUUGAAAGAGACUAAGUUUUUAUAUGCAAUAUAAAGGAUGGCGUUCUUUUAAUGAUUUAUAGUGGUGGAAAAACGGACGACGUUGUGACUUCUGAAUGAGGUUUUAUUCAUAACGAGUGAUAUCGGAUGCAGGGGAAAACUCCUUCUGAUAAAGAUUUCGCUCCGACUGUGACUGCUUGUCUUUAAUGGAUGAAGAUAGAAAUAGUAUAUGGAUGUUUUAACCAUUGACGAUAGAGUAACUUAUUUGCACAGGACAGUUUGCGUGAUGGUCUAAAGAGAGACGUGACUUCCGGUCUGUUUGACCUAAUUGUACUGUGAUCGAGUGCUGUGUAAGCUAUCAUUGUGAUUACCGGUAUUCUUUUUAUUAAUAUUAUAUAUUUCUGUGUUA